GUCGUUGCACGGGGCGAAUCACCAUCACCGAUCACCGGGACGCAACAGUCGCUCGCCGGACUUUGUGCUGGAAUGAGGUGGUCGCGGGAUGUUCGCCGCGAUACCCAACGUUUGCGUUCAGUGACACGAUCUCUCGCGAUUAUCCGCUGUGAUAUCGUUCCCCUUCCGAGGAUCGACGCUUGUUUCCCAACGAGGGUACGCACGUAAAUACAGACAACGCUGUCGCGCACUUCCGGAUCCAUCUCAAGCGCACGCAGAAUGGACGCAUCACGAUGGAAAUAGGCGAUCAGUUAGCAUAGUAGACGACCCCAGGUCGUCCUGAUUGAUCGGCAACCGCUCCCGAGUAAGACUGACCCGAUUGCUCGUUCGCGAUGGCAACUAUGGCGUCGACAGAGAAAAUGGACAUAGAAAAGGAUUUGCCGAAGAAGAAACUCAUCAACACGAAUCUGAUAUCGCUCAAAUGUCUUCUGUUCGUCUUUUUUGGUGGCAUUGGCUGUCUCUUCCCAUUUCUUCCACUGCACAUGACGAAGGUGGGAUUAAACAUUGAAAAUAUCAGGUUCGUGUCGAUGGUCUCGCCGGCAGUGGCGAUACUGGGGCCGUUGAUAGCAGGACCGAUCGCUGACAAACUCGCCGGCCGUCAGAGUAACAAUGACAAAUCGUCGACGGGUCGUUACCUUCGCGUAAUGAUCGCCGUCGCCUGUAUCUUCUCGGCACUCUUCUACUCGCUAUUGUUGUUAGUGCCCUCCGUGGACCGUACUCUGCCAUCGGGCGGCGAGGGUCCGGGCCUCAAGUUCAACUGCGAUCGGCGGGGAGCGAUGGUUCGGCAAGAAAGGUGCGAGGACCGUUUUGGCUGUCAUCGUUGGAUCGACGACGACAGCGGUGUGGGCAUCAUGCUACUGAGAGAUUGCAAUUAUGUUUGCUAUCCGACUGGCUGGCGACGAUGGCACUCAGAACUCGCUUCCGAUACAACAACCUUCCGAAGUGCCGUCGAUCCUGAGGUUGAUUUCUUCGAUGGCAGCGGCGACACCACGGUCGCGCCGCUAUAUAGCGAACUCUUCGCGUCGGAGGAUCGCGAAGAAACGAAAAAAACUCGUCGCUAUGUCACGUCUGAGAAUGAGCCGCCGCAUCUGUGCUACGAGGAUGAAGAUGACAAUAUUGUUUGUCAUGUUUAUACAGAAUACUCCGGCGUUUUGCCGGUAAACGGUACUCUUGGACAGGCAUUGAAUCCCGAAAAUGAAGAGGAAUGGUGCGCAUAUCCUAUGGCUGAAUACUUCGCCUGUCGCAUACCGCCCGAAUUGGAAGUCAGAAUGGCUGAGUUCAAUCAGAGUUGCUCCAUUGAAUGCGAUCUGGUCAAUCCGUAUAUUCUUCCAGGCAGCGUACUGGCGGAAAGCCAGUGUCAACGUACUGGAGAUUGGGCAGAAGCAGCGUUUUGGAUGUAUUUAUUCGUACGCUCGAUCGCAGAUAUCUUUCCGACGACUGCCGUGGCUCUAAUCGACGCGGCGAUAGUGAUCGCGACGAGAGAGACGUCAUGCGGUCGCGGCGACGUAGGACGUCAAUUAGCUUUCGGUUCUCUCGGUUUCGCUCUACUAGGACCGCUGACUGGCUAUUUGAGUACUCUAACGAAUGAUAUUGGACCGGCCUAUUGGCUCCCGCUCGUUCUGCACGCCGUGCUCAUGAUCCUCACGGCUGUCAUCGCUCUGUCGGCGAACGGCAUGCCACUCAGUCCACCUGAAUGGUGGUGGCACACGAGAAGCGGCAUGCUGGCUCUGCCAAUGAGUGCUAUCAAGAGGUACGGCAGCGAAACUGCCGCCCUGGUUUUCAUCCUGUUAGUCAUGGGGACCUUUUGGAGCGCAAUGGACAGCUACUUGCCUUUGCAUCUGCAAAAACUAGGAGGCGAUGAACUUUCCAUUGGUGUCGCUAUGACUGUCGGAGCAAUUCCGGCAUUCCUGUUUCUCUGGAAAUCGGAACAUCUUGUGGACUAUUGUGGACACAGUAAUCUUCUCAUCACUGCCUUUACGGUGUACAUAAUCAGGUUCACCGUAUUGAGUCUCGUGUCGGAGCCUUGGUGGUCUCUAAUCACGGAGGCUUUAGAAGUAUUCACCUUAGGAAUAAUGUGGGUUACUGCCAUUCUCUAUCUGAGACAUUUGGUACCGCGUCAUUUGACUGUGACUGCCCAAGCGCUGCCUGUGAUAGCUCACUUUUGCGUCGGCCGAUGCCUCGGAGCCGUCGUCGGUGCUUACAUCAAUUUUGGUGACGAGGACAUCGUAGAAUCAUUGAGAUUUGUGUAUCGUUGUAUGGCGAUAGCGGCUGCCGUCGUUGCCGGUCUAUAUUUCAUCUUGUAUCAUGGUCUACUGAAGCCGAGAUGUCAUGCACACAUCAUUCAAGGCCCCCGUCAGCCUCCCACGAUUGUGCAAGCGAUGAACGGAAAUGGGAAUUACAUGCCACUGAGGGUGUAUCAUAACGGAAUGGGCAAAAAAGGUCAAUUUCGAUACUAAGAAGUGAUCUAUGAGGAUGAAGAAUUUUAGGAAUGACGCUGCAACUCAUGAACUUCAAGAGUGACGAAUUGCCGAUGACAUGUGCUCUCAUAUAUAUUUUCGUUGCAUUGCAUUUAUCAUUAAUUUGUAAACUCUAAAUCGACUACAUUAUCAUUUUUCUCUACUUCUUAAUGUUAUUUAUAUGAAAACCAUUAUAUUAUAAGGAUCAUUGCUCAAGUACUUUCUAUGAGCUAUAUCAUCAGUUUUUACAUUUCUAAUUAUAAAAGUAUAAGUAUAUAUAAUAACAAACUUUUUUGCGUAUUGCAAUAAUAAAAGGCGAAAUAGAACUUCACUUUAUGUGCAAACGUCCAAAAAAAGCAACAAGUGUCUAUAAUACUUUUUCAGUUUUUUAUACUGUAAAUUCAUUUUUUGUACCAUCACUAUGUUCAUAAAACUAUCAAGAUACGAAUAGAUGAAAAACUUUCUAUAAUGAAAAACCAUUACAGCAAGACUUACAUACAUCUUUACAUGUGACAUAAAUCGAAUAGAUAUCGAUAUGCUAAAGGUAAAACGUCUACUUGACCAAUGUUAUGUUUUUGUGAGUUGAUAUAUAUGUAUACAAGAAAAAUGAAAUAAAAAAUAUGGAAAGAAUAA